AUGCAAGAGCAUUUGACUGUCAUGCGAGAGUUGAUUCAGACGCUAGUGCAAAAACCGAAAGAAGAACCAAAAAAAUUAUCGCUUCCGCGCUUUAAUCCUGAAAUUGCGGGUUCUGACUCAGCUGCAUGGUGUGCAGUUGUUAAUUUGUAUAUGAAAGAGAAUCCUUUACAAGGCAGUGCGUUGUUUUCUGCUUUAAGUUGCGCACUGGAAGGAUCGGCAGCACAAUGGCUUACGCAGGUGCUAGUAGGUAGAGAAGUUACCUGGACAAAAUUUAAAGACCUUUUUAUUGCGCGUUUUGGUGGUAGAGAAACAGCAACUUCGGCGUUAAUGAAAAUGUCCAACGAAAAACCGCUGAAGGAUGAAACCUUGGGAGCAUUUGGAAUUCGUCUUCGCUCUCUCUUGAAAGCGAGGUGGGAAAAUUCAACUAUGGCUGAGGUGAUCAAUGCUUCUGUCCUUUUCCAAUUGGCUUCGCAAGAUCAACGAAUUGAGCGAAUAGCACUUACGACUGAUAUCAAGACAGAGGAUCAAUUUCUAACAUUUUAUUUUGAUUCUGGAGCAGAGUGUUCGCUGAUUAAAGAAUCUGUGGCUUUGAAAUUUUCCGGUAAAAGAGAGACGAAUGUAGUAGUGAUGCGAGGAAUAGGAAAUACUACCAUUAAGAGUACUUUACAAAUUUUGUCUGUUGUGUGUAUUAACGAAUUUACGUUGGAGAUAGUUUUCCAUGUCCUUGCUGAUAAAUAUUUAAAAUAUGACAUAAUGAUUGGUCGUGAAAUUUUGAGCCGGGGUUUUGAUAUAAAAAUCACUCAAAAUAGUGUUGCUAUUAGUAGAACAAAAGUAAUUAAUGUGUGUAAUAAAGACACUAAAAAUGAGAUUAAUAUUAAUGAUGUUGAUACUGAAGUUAUAGGAGAAGAUAAAAGCCGAUUAAUUUCUGUUCUUGAAAAAUUUAAAGAUUCAUUUAUUACGGGUUUUCCUCGUGUUCGUGUGAAUACGGGCCAAAUGGAGAUACGAUUGAUUGAUCCUAAUGUCACAGUACAAAGAAGUCCUUAUAGACUUAGUGAGGAAGAGCGUAGGCUUGUUCGUGAAAGAAUAAACAAAUUAAUGGAAGCAGAAAUUAUUCGGCCCAGUAAUUCUCCUUUUGCCAGCCCUAUAUUACUUGUUAAAAAGAAAGAUGGCUCAGAUAGAUUAUGUGUAGACUACCGGGAGUUAAAUAAAAAUACGGUUGCGGAUCGGUAUCCUCUACCACUUAUUGCAGAUCAGAUUGCGAGAUUGAGACAGGCUAAAUACUUUAUAAGUCUGGAUAUGGCUAGUGGUUUCCACCAAAUCCCUAUUCAUCCUAAUUCGACAGAGUUUACAGCGUUUGUUACCCCAGAUGGACAAUACGAGUAUGUGACAAUGCCGUUUGGGUUGAAAAAUGCUCCAUCUGUUUUCCAAAGAGCCAUUUUCAAAGCUUUAGGUGAACUUGCUUAUUCGUAUGUUAUUGUAUAUUUAGACGAUGUUUUGAUUAUUGCUGAUACGAUAGAUCAAGCUUUAAAAAGAUUGGAUAUUGUGUUGAAAACUCUUGUGGAAGCUGGUUUUUCUUUUAACUUCGCAAAAUGCUCUUUCCUUAAAACAACAGUACUCUAUUUAGGAUAUGUAAUUCAUAACGGGGAGGUACGCCCCAACCCGGGAAAGAUACAAGCUUUGAGUUCUUUACCCCCUCCAACGACAGUCACACAGCUUAGACAGUUCAUUGGACUGGCUUCUUACUUCCGAAAAUUUGUUCCAAAAUUUUCACAAAUAAUGAAGCCUUUAUAUGCACUCACUUCUAGUAAUAAGAACAUAAAUUGGACAGAUAGGCACGAAAGCAUAAGACAAAAGGUAAUUUCUAUAUUGACUGAUGCGCCAGUGUUGAUUAUAUUUGAUCCAAAAUAUCCAAUAGAGUUACAUACUGAUGCAAGUAUGGAUGGAUAUGGGGCUAUUCUUAUGCAAAAGGUGGAAGGUAAGAACAGAGUAGUAGAAUAUUUUAGCAAAAGAACUAGCCCUGCGGAAUCUAGGUACCAUUCAUAUGAAUUAGAGACGUUGGCGGUAGUGAACGCUGUUAAGCAUUUCCGUCACUAUUUACACGGACGAGAAUUUCUUGUUGUAACAGAUUGUAAUUCUUUAAAAGCAUCAAGUAAAAAGGUGAAUUUAAAUGAUAGAGUACACAGGUGGUGGGCUUAUCUACAAACCUUCAAUUUUGACAUUGUAUAUCGAGAAGGUAAACGUAUGACUCACGUAGAUUUUGUUUCACGAAACCCCAUAGAUAUAGAACGUAUUAAAAAUAAUAAAAUUAAAGAAAAAGAGAUUAAUUUGACUGAAAUUUCUGAAGGAUGGUUGUUAGUGGAGCAACGUCGUGAUCCUCAAAUUUUGGAGAUUGUAACAAAGUUGCAAAAUGACGAACUCACAGAAGACAUCGCGAGUACAUAUGAAUUACGGUCUGGUACUCUUUAUCGUAAGAUACAAAGGAAAGGCAAGACUCUCUGUUUACCUAUAGUUCCUAGAGGUUUUAGAUGGUCCGUUAUCAACCAUGUGCAUCAAUCAAUUAUGCACUUAGGUUGGGAUAAAACGCUUGAGAAGUUGUACGAGUAUUACUGGUUCGAAGGAAUGGCGAAAUAUGUUCGCAAAUUCGUAGAGAACUGUCAUGCUUGUCAGGUUUCUAAAGCAAGUUCGGGCAAACCACAAGCCGAACUCCACCCUAUACCUAAGACCAGCAUACCUUGGAAUACGGUGCACAUGGACAUAACGGGUAAGUUGAGUGGAAAAAGUGAUUUAAAGGAAUAUGUCAUUGUUUUGAUUGAUGCUUUUACAAAAUUUGUGUAUUUAUAUCAUACUCGUAAAAUAGAUUCUUCUAAUAUAGUAAAGGCGCUUAAGUCAGCAAUAUUUUUAUUCGGCAGUCCUUGCCGAGUUAUAGCGGAUCAGGGUAGAUGUUUUACUGGUAAAGAAUUUCAGGAUUUUUGUCAAAGUAAACAUAUUAAACUUCACUUAAUAGCUACCGGUGUUAGUAGGGCCAAUGGUCAGGUGGAGCGUGUCAUGGGAACCUUGAAAAACAUGUUUACAACUGUGGAAACGACUGGUCGAUCUUGGCAAGAGGCGAUUGGUGAAAUACAAUUGGCUUUAAAUUGCACCACCAAUCGUGUGACUAAAUCAAGUCCUUUGGAAUUACUAAUUGGGAAAACAGCAAGACCUUAUGGUUUAUUGCUUCCCGAUGACAUUGUAGAAAAGGAAGUAGAUAUCUCCAAUGUAAGACAGCAGGCUAUACAAAACAUAGAGUCAAACGCUAAAUAUGAUAAGGAAAGAUUUGAUAGAACUAAGGCAAAAAAAGUUAAAUUUAAUCUUGGAGACUUUGUAUUACGUAAAAAUGAAGAGAGAAAUCAAACAAAAUUAGAUCCUAAGUACAGGGGUCCAUUUAUAAUAGCAGAGAUUUUGGAAGGAGAUAGAUAUAUUUUAAAAACGAUGGAUGGCAAACGGUCGUAUAAGUAUUUUCCUAUUCCAGUGUCUAAGGUAUAUAGGUCUGCUAGAUGUCAUGGAAGAAAAGUCGGACGUCGGAAAAAUACGGACGUCGGAGAUUUGAACCCGGGUCCCGAACGUUUGUACCCCAAGGCGCUAACCACUGCGCUGCCGUCGUCCGACACUAGUUCGCGUCGAGUGGUGGUGUCUAGUGUAGCCACAGAAAUGACUACAAUGUAUGAUCAAUUUCUCGCUCUCGUUAUUUCACAUUAUCUAUCCUCGACCAAUCCUCCACAAGUUUAUAUGAGCAAUAUUGAAGCGUUCAAGGGAUACAAAGAGGAUCGGAAAUUCCAACAAAUCUUGUGGCGCAACUCGGACGGAGAAGUGGACAUCUAUCAACUUAACACAGUGACAUUCGGGCUGUCAGCGGCCCCCUACCUAGCCAUUCGGUGCCUCAAACAACUGGCAGACGACGAGGGACAUCGAUACCCACGAGCAGCGAUGGUCUUACAGCGAGACUUCUACGUCGACGAUGUUCUCACAGGAGCCGAAACAAAGAACGAGGCACAAUCACUAAGAACGGAGCUCAUAGAAUUGCUUAAAUUAGCCGGCUUAAACAUCCGAAAAUGGGCAGCGAACGACCGGGAACUGCUACGAGGACUUUCCGAGCAGGACAUAAACGAUAAGCUGCUACUAGGCGAAUCGCAAACUUUCAAAACUCUGGGUGUUGUUUGGAAUUCCUUUGACGAUUCGAUCCUGUAUUCCGUCAAAAUCAAUCCUACCGCCUCUCGAAUUACGAAGAGAACAAUCAGCUCCGAAAUUGCCAAGAUCUACGACCCUCUUGGAUUACUGGCACCAGUGAUCGUUCGCGCUAAGAUGUUGCUCCAACGACUUUGGACUUUAAAACUUGACUGGGACGAAUCUCUUCCGGCUGACGUACACACAGAAUGGAGCAAAUAUUAUUCACAGCUACCUUUGCUAAAUAACGUGAAGUUUCCACGUAAAACUAUAAUCAAGACUGCAGCGGAAAUUGAAUUACACGGAUUCUGCGACGCCAGCGAAAGGGCGUAUGGGGCAUGCGUCUACCUUCGCACCAUCGCUCCGGAUGGUCAUGUUUGGACACGACUCCUCACCGCAAGGUCAAAAGUGGCUCCACUCAAAUCACAAACCAUUCCAAGGCUGGAACUGAGUGGAGCACUUCUUCUCGCAUCAUUGGCCACUACAGUCCUUCAAGCGUUACCAAGCAACAUUUCUCGGACCGUUUACUGGACUGAUUCUACAAUCGUUUUACACUGGAUUAAUACAUCACCCCAUACGCUGAAAACCUUCGUCGCCAAUCGUGUGACAGAGAUUCAACAAAAGACUCACACCUCAGAUUGGCGCCACAUUCCCACUACCGAUAACCCUGCAGAUCUCAUAUCUCGAGGCCAAUCACCCCAAGACUUCCUGCGAUCUACCAUUUGGCAACAUGGACCAGAAUGGCUCCAACAACCUGAAAAAUACUGGCCGUCGUGGAACCCAGUACCAUUAGUUGAAAUACCAGAGCAAAAGAAGGCAACAUGUCUGUCCGUGACUCCGCCUGACCACAGUCUACUGGAGAGAUAUUCUUCUUGGCCCAAGCUGAUAAGAAUUGCCGCUCGUUGCCUCCGAUGGAGGCAAAAGCAGGAUCGGGGGAGACCUCUAACCACACAUGAUUUAACCAAUGCGCAUAACAAAUUGGUCAAAUUGUUACAACUUUGUUAUUUUCCAGAUGAAAUACGUACUCUCCGCACAGAUCGAAAUUCUGCAGUGAAGGGGAAGCUGCAACGACUCAAUCCAUUUCUGGACAAGGACGAGAUAUUGCGAGUCGGAGGCCGACUCAGUCAUUCACCAAUGCCCUUCACUCAGAAACACCCAAUCAUUCUACCCAAAUCCUCAGUUACAGCACUCAUAAUCGAGCAUGAACACCUCCUAAAUCUCCACUCCGGAACUCAAGCUACCUUAUAUGCCUUAAGGAGAUCUUACUGGCCUAUCGACGGCCGUAGUCAAGUUUGGAGCACGCUGAAGAAGUGCUUAAAGCAGUCCACCUCGAGCUGGUCACCGAUCUCACUAGCGAGGCCUUCAUUGCUGCUCUGCGAAGAUUCAUCGCUCGCCGAGGAUUCUGUGCAACAAUUUAUUCUGACAACGGCACCAACUUCGUUGGCGCCAACAAUGAAUUACGAGAGCUCCGAAACCUCCUGCAGUCCGACGAUCAUAAGGUAA